GAUGUUAUAGCCAGAGGCUCUACGAUAACAGAGCAAUCUACGGCUUAGAUUUCAACUUAACAACAUAUUUCAAGGUUAUGGUAAAAACUGCGUACGUGUUAUUGUUUGUGUUUAAAUUAGCUAAUUCAACACUCAAUCGUACAUUUCAUAUUGCACAUUGAACUUUUUAUAUCGACAUAAGUUUAAACAUCUGGUAGACUUUUUUUAUUAUUUAUAUUCAAAAAUGUCCAGCCCCAAGCAAGAAUCCGUUCUCAAAGCAGGUCACCCCCCUGCAGUGAAGGCAGGUGGGAUGAGAAUAACCCAGCACAAGACAAGAAAAGAUUCUGGUGGAUUAACUGAAGAUGUGACUGGAAUUACAGUAACUGGUAGUCCCCCAAAAACAACUACUGUUUCUGGAGCAGUUGUCAAAGGGCAUGCUGAUUUUCCAGCAGAAGCUGUUCAAAGUUUUCAUAAAGAAAAACCUCCAGUAAAUCAUCCCACCAAACCAUUAACUCAUAUCCAACAACCCAGAAAAUAAAUUCGUGGGUACCAAUUCCUUUAAGAUGUAAAAUAAGGUUUUAACAUGAGUUUUCACAAUGACACUUUUAAUACAUCUUUUAAAUAGCAUUUAAGUAAUGUGAAUGUUUCAUAUUAUAUCAAUUAAAUAGAUGAGAUUAGAUUACUCUUGUUACUGUUUUAUAAUUUAAAAGCUCUUUAUGAAACCAGUCUACUUGGUUUAGUCCAUGUUACUAACUUGAAUUUUUAUAUAUUUUGUUUGAAAUACAUUUUUCCCCAAAAAACUAAAAAGUGAUUGUGAAAUUCAUGUUUCAACAUUAUUUCCUUUUAUAAUUUUUAGUCUUUCGUUUAAGCAGCAAGCACAUUUCAAAAUAAACCCAAUAACAUACCAAUAUUAAAGUAAGGCUGCUUUUCAAACGUAUUACUCUUUUUUGAACUGAUUUUUAUUAAUACCAAUAUAUUUUGAAAAUUUUUGAGUGUUUAUGUUCAUUGCACUUAUAAACUAUUGAAUAAUAAUUGUUUGAUGUACAUAUGAUGUGAUACAUAUUUUCAAUUUUUUGAACAACAUAUAGAAUCUAUAUCAGUCUUUCUAACAGUUAAGUUUCUUUUUAACUCAAAUGUAAUAUAUAAAAUGAAACUUUUUGAAUGAAACCAUUUUUUAUCAAUUUCAUUAUAAAGGAAACUCAAUGCAGUUCUGUGAUUCUAAAUCAAGACAAACUUUAUAAAUAGUGCGAUUUACUGUUAGCUAAUUAUUUUGGAUGCAACUUAUUUUAUUGAAAAUUAUACAAUUUUGCCGAUAUUGUCAGUAUCAGAAUCAGAAUAUUUUGAGGAAUAGAAAAACUGAUUUGUCAAGAGAAAUAAUUGAAUUCAAUUAGUAUAUGAUAUUUUUCUUGAGCUGUAAUACAAAAUGGCCAUUUCCUGACACUUUUUUAUUGAACAAUUUGAGACAUUUUUUACUAGAAUUUUGUUUUCAUAUCAAUAACCAUGUAAAUGGAUAUAAUAAGUAAUUUUUAGAAUUAACCUCAUUCAAUAUUGCAGAAAUUGUUAAUGUGGUAUGCUUAAACUCAAUACUGGAAAUCAAUGUUACUAUUUUAUGCAUGUUUUUUAAUAUACCUACCAAAUAUUAGGAUAUAAACUGAUUCGAUUUGAUUUCUUUUUAUUAUUGUUAGGAAUCAACAGUACUAAACAAAAUUCUAUAAUUCAGUUGUAGUCCAUAAAUGUAUGAAUAUACCUAAUUUAAUGAAAUUUUUUAUGUUACUCAAAAAUUUUUAUUUUUUUAAUAAUCCUGAUAUUAAUUAGCAACAGCCCUAGAAAAAGUUGAGUAUAUAAUUCUAGGAAAUAACACACUAUUUUAAUUAUAUUAGCGGUUAUAUUGGUACAAUUAUCGAAUAAAUUUUUAAUUUUUUUUUGAUAUCAGAUUUCUUCUUAAAAAAUAGAAUACUGUGCCCAUAGUAUUCAGGCUUUCCUCUUUUCCUAAUUAUUAGCUAACACAUUUACGGAAUUUUAAUAAGGGUAUUUUCUCUAGCUAUUCUAGCUAGCUCUAGAAAUUUCCGAUAUUUAAUUAAAGCAUAGCACCUUGGCAAUUUCUGCUAUAUUCGGCAUACUACUUUCACUAGAUGUAUAAUUUUAAGUUUUAUUUUAUCACAAUUUGACUUCUAGGUUCCUCAUAGUUCACCUAAAUGAAUAUUUGAUAUCUGACAUUUCAUUACAUUUGUUUUAUUAUAAUUUUAAUACAUCAUUGUAUGCCCAAUACGAAUAUAACAUUCUAAUUCCAAUUGUUUCACCAAAAAUGGUUAGAAUAUGGUAUUUUUAUACUAAAGCUGUAAAAAAAAUUAAGUUUGAUUACUUCGAGCAUUUCACUUAAUAAUAACUUGUGCACAAAUAUAAAAUAUAAAACUUGAUUUUACAUUUUCAAAAAAUGUAAUGAUUCAGUGGAUGUUGAAAUGUUGUUAUAUAUUUUUAUUGCUUUUAUAAUACUAAUGUAGAUGUUUUUUUUCAAAUUUUUUAUAAGGUUUGGGUUUUAUAAUUGAUAAUUUUCUUUUUAUGUAUGAAAGAAAUUUUAUUUUCUGUCAAAAUAAAGGUGAUUUUAAUACAUUUAA